ACCUGUUCUCUUGAAAAUGGCGAUCUUUCUACAGGGGAAUAAAUCCUCGAUGGCCUCACUUGUCAUGAACGUUCUCGGUCCCUUCCUCCUGCUGUGGGGAGUCUCGAACGCAUGGCUCAACGACUGGGAUAAGCCGUUCAACUUCGCUUGUCCUUGGGGACAAGCAAUCUCUCGCAUUAUUAGUGAACACCAUAACAGGCACGAGGAUCGGCGUUACGAAAUCUUCUGUCGCCCAGCUGAAACAUGGAUCGACACGUGCGAGUGGACCUCAUACGUCAACGACUUUCGUAGCUCAUUUUACAAAUUAUGUCCCAACGAUGUUAUCAUGAAAAUAAAUAUGAGGAUCGAAGAUUCAACUUCAUAUGUUGCCGAGGAAAUCAAAAUUGCAGGAAAAGUUGUUAUUGGUCUGGCUGGAGUACCUAUGACGGCAGAAUUGACAUCAGCAUACCGAUUGACCACUUCAUUGGAGGCAUCCAUAGCUUAUAUAGUACACACCACAGAGAUCGGAUAUUCGAUUUCCUCAUCUGCCGGUUGGAGUGCUGCUGGUGCUGAACGGUACAUCUUGGAGAAUCUGGAGACUCCUGAUGAA